AGAAGGAGAGGGGUGGGUGCUGAGUUACACAGGGUUUGAUACUCUUCUCCCCAAGGGCGGUAAUCAUUUCAGCAGCGACUUCCUCUACAAGAACCACAUCCUCUCAGGUUGGAUUGCAAGAGAAGGUGCCGGAGCUGGUAGCACCCAUGGUAGCGGGGGCAAUGGAAGGGGGACCAUGGGGGAACUGUCUCAGAUUAGCCUGAGAGAUGGUGAGAAGUUGGCCGUGACGGAUCUACUGUGCCCACGGCAUUGUGGGAUUUAGUCUCUCCUUAAUACCCGUGAGUAAUUGCCCCAAUGUCGCUGGCAAUGAAGGCACGGCAGAAGGUGAGGAAGAAAACCACCAAGGACAAAACCUUUGGAUGUGACUUACUGGAACAUCUCUCUAUUUCUGGACUAGAAGUCCCACAGGUGCUGAGAAGUUGCACAGACUUUGUGGAAGAACAUGGAGUAGUAGACGGGAUCUACAGGCUGUGUGGCAUCGCCUCCAAUGUCCAUAAAUUAAGACAGGAGUUUGAUAUGGAGCGCCAACCAGACCUGAGUAAAGACACCUACCUACAAGAUGUGCACUGUGUCAGCUCUCUGUGCAAAGCGUAUUUCAGGGAAUUACCAAACCCACUACUGACAUAUCAGCUCUAUGAUAAAUUUGCGGAUGCUGUGGCGAUCCAGCUGGAGGAACAACGGCUCAUAAAGAUUAAAGAAGUGCUGAAGGAACUGCCACUCCCACAUUACAGGACACUGGAGUAUCUAAUGAGGCAUCUGCUCCGCAUGGCUUCCUUCAGCUCUCAGACCAACAUGCAUGCCCGUAACUUGGCUAUAGUAUGGGCCCCUAACCUGCUCAGAUCAAAGGAUAUUGAAUCAUCUGGCUUUAAUGGCACAGCAGCAUUUAUGGAGGUCCGAAUCCAAUCAAUUGUGGUGGAAUUCAUUCUCACUCAUGUGGAGCAGUUGUUUGGAGACAUGCCUCUAGCUGGAGGGGAGCACUGCUCCAUAACGAAGCUGAAUUCGCCAAGCUGUGUGCGUGAGGAUUACUUCCGCUCCCUGACCUACAACAUCCCAAGAAGUGCGCUAAACCAGGGCGAUGGGCCCCCGCAGAUGCGCCCCUACCACACCAUCAUUGAGUUUUCUGAUCACAAGCGGAAGGGUUCCCUCAAAGCGAAGAAAUGGAAAUCCAUUUUCAACCUUGGCCGAUCCAACAACGAUUCCAAGCGCAAAGCCCACAAGCAGGAUGAGAAAGACUCAGAAAAAACAGAGAAAAUGAGUCUUCGACCGGCAAAAAGCAUGGACUCCCUUAGUUCUGUGCCGUAUGCAUCGGAGGCGAUGGAUUCCGACAGAGGCCUGAUGGGAAACAAAUCUCCUAAAAGACUGGUCCCCUUGCGCAGGGAGAGUUUUGGGGCAAACUCUAAGCCAGGUCAGGACUACACAAUUUCAGGAGAACUUUCCAUCCCACUGGAGACAAGUCAUCAAAAAGAUUAUGAAGAAGAAUCGAAGUCUGAACCAACAACACCAAAACCAGGAAGGUCGUCUAUUGUGGCAAGCCCACAAGGAAGAUCCCCUAAAAGUGCUCAGAAUCGAGCAGAGAAAUGCUUAGGGGUCCAUAUCUCAGAGCCGUUUUCUGUUACUCUACCUCGCCAUAUCACUUCCAACUUGUCCCGUCUGACCAGAGUUAUGGAGUGUCCAAGUCUCAAAUAUCCUGUGUUGUACGGAAGUUCUGAGAAGAUUUCUUCACAGGAGGAAAGCCCACCUCAAGCAAUGCUUGUACCACCCAGCACAGGCACUCAAUGGAGCAAUGCAGAGCAAUCAGCCAUGCUGCAUGAUGGACCUGUAGUAAGCGAAGUCAAGUUGGGCUCACUGCCUGAUGUAAGCCUUAGCAUGGAAAGUGAUGGUGGCCUUGAUUUGAAUCAAGUCAAGUCUUCUGCUAACUCUGACAGAAGCCCGGUUCCAAUGCAAGAGCAAUCAGGCCAUAGAGACUCUGAACUAAGCUCUGAAAAGGACCAAGUGGACCCAAGUAUGGAACCUCAACAUGCCAAUGGAAAAGGUAGCCCAUUUGAGACUACAGACAAGCUGAAACCAGACACAGAGAAGAAACGCAUUUCCCUUGAAGUUCAAGACACGUUUUCGUUUCUGGACAACCAAGACACCACCCCAGAGAGCAGCGCAUUGGAUGGUGAUGGGGCAGAGGAGGGGCUGCCUGGAUAUCAUGAUGGCUGGGUCCCUGGGGAUGAGGAGCUUCGCAGCGCCUACAUGACUGACAUGAUUACAUCUUGCAUGCAGCAGAGAGAGGAAUUCUCGGUGGAGCCCCCUCCAGAAGACCUCUCUACAGAGGACGAUGAAGAUAUGUACUCCAUGGCAGCAGAGUGCGCAGACACUUUAGAAGAUCUAAGACAUAUAGACGACUAUUCGGAUGACAUUUAUCUGAGUGCUUACGAUGACCUCAGCCCCCUGGCCCGUGAACUGGAAACAAUGUACGUGGUGGAACAAGACUCACCGGCAAAUAAAACCGUAUUGGGGGAAAGCAGUUCCCGGAAUUUACCUGGCAAUUCUAACCAUGAAGUCAACACAGAAACACAACUGGAAUUAGAGCCUCCAGAAAUGCAGGGCACUAUUAAUGUUUACCUUUCCACUGAAGCCCUGCAAGAUAGUAUGGGAGACCCCUCAGUACAAGAUGGCGGUAGUCACAUCCCUGAGACUAAUGCUACAUCAGGAAGAGAUGAGCCCAAACAGGACUUACAGCAAUGUGAAGGUUCUACAGAACAUAUUUUGAAAUCAGAAGAUGUUUUACAAGACAGUUUACGAAAGGCCCGCCUACAUCUUCUCACUCUUGGCCUUGACGUGACUCAGGACAUACAAGUGUUAAAACCAGUACCAUGUUUAGAUAUAAAAACAUUAGUACUAGAUAUCCAACAAGGGCAUAGCAAUUACUUGGAGUGCUCUACUGAGUGUGAUUCUACCAGGGCACAUAACAUGCCACUUACUGAAUGGGUACCGCCAAUUCUAGAGCAUGUUCUUCUAACAGAUACACCAGCUCUAGAGCAUGUUCUACUAACAGAUGCACCAGCUUCAGAGCAUGUUCUACUAACAGAUACACCAGCUUCAGAGCAUGUUCUACUAACAGAUAGUCCAUCUCUAGAACAUGUUCUACUAACAGAUACACCAGCUUCAGAGCAUGUUCUACUAACAGAUACACCAGCUUCAGAGCAUGUUCUACUAACAGAUACACCAGCUUCAGAGCAUGUUCUACUAACAGAUAGUCCAUCUCUAGAACAUGUUCUACUAACAGAUGUACCAGCUUCAGAGCAUGUUCUACUAACAGAUACACCAGCUUCAGAGUAUGUUCUACUAACAGAUACACCAGAUUCAGAGCAUGUUCUACUAACUGAUAGUCCAUCUCUAGAACAUGUUCUGCUAACAGAUGUACCAGCUUCAGAGAAUGUUCUACUAACAGAUGCACCAGCUUCAGAGCAUGUUCUACUAACAAAUGUACCAGCUUCAGAGCAUGUUCUACUAACAGAUGUACCAGCUUCAGAGCAUGUUCUACUAACAAAUGUACCAGCUUCAGAGCAUGUUCUAUUAACAGAUACACCAGCUUCAGGGCAUGUUCUACUAACAGAUAGUCCAUCUCUAGAACAUGUUCUACUAACAGAUGUACCAGCUUCAGAGCAUGUUCUACUAACAAAUGUACCAGCUUCAGAGUAUGUUCUACUAACAGAUACACCAGCUUCAGGGCAUGUUCUACUAAAAGAUAGUCCAUCUUUAGAACAUGUUCUACUAACAGAUACACCAGCUUCAUAUACAGUUGAUUCAGUCCAGCAAGAUGAGGUUGCUGAUCACAAGCAGAACAAAGACUUGCCUACAUGUUCUGCCCAGGACACUGGUGUAUCUAUGCAAGUUACCCUAUCAGAGAAGACAAAUAAAUUGAUACCUGCAGUGUUCCCUGAUGGAAGUGUCUCAAUGAAACUAGCAAGUGCUCCUCAGAAAAUACACCAAGUGAAAUCUGUUCCUGUUGUGCCACCAAAACCACAAUUUGCAAAGCUCCCCCCCGCCCUGAAAAGUAAAAUUCACAUUAGCCCAGCAAAUAAUAUAUCUAAGGACACGGAGAGCCACAAAUCAGACAGUGUUGCCAGUGUGGAGAUGGGCAAUCCUUGCAGUGAGUCUUCUCAAAGCCAGAAGCGUUCCAGCUGGAGAAGUGGGGCAAGCGUUUCAUUUGACACAGCAGUAGCCCAAGCUAGAGAAAGACAGAUGUCCCAGUACCCCAUCAGGAGAAUGCAGACUUACUGCGUUGGUGAAUCGCACCAUGUUCUGGACAACCCCAAGGAAGACGCCUCUCUGCAUCGUCAAAAACUUGCCCAAAAGCCAGGAGGGAGUAGACCUCACAGCUGUGUCUUGGCUCUAAACUCUUUGGAAGUGGCAAGUAAAGUGAACAGUACUGAUGAAAAACCAAAAAGCAGCCAUUUAUUGCAGGAGUGUAGGUGUGCAAUGAGGCAGGACACCGCCGGGGCCCGGAACAGACGGAGUAUGCCACGUUUGGCCAAGCAGACCAGCACUGAGGAACCUUCUGAGACUUGUGAGAAGCCCCAGCGCAGAUCCCUGCUAUAAUCUAGCCGGCCAGCUGUAAUUGUAGGUCUUUGCUCAUAACUGUAUGAUAGCCUAGCUAAAUCAAUACUGGUUCCUGGCGUUGCCCGACUGCUUGGCAUGAUUGUGGGGCAACAUAUGUUCCACAUGUUUUUGUAAGCUUUAAAGGUCCAUACUGGCAGAAGGAAGCGCCAACUGUCUCACAUGAAUAAUCAUUAAUAAACACGCCACUUGGCAAUACUUUACA